CUACAUACAAAAAUAAAAAACAAUCGGAAAAAAGUUGGCCAACGAAAACACAUGUAGAUACCACACAACGGUGUGGUUCUUCUUUCAAUACGGACGUGUGGGUAUUCGCAAGCGAUAUUAAAAAUAAAAAAAGUGUAUUUGUUUAUAAACUAGAGCGAAAUUUUGUUUUACUUUUAAUAAUAAUGGCAACAUCAACUAAAAAUGAAAAUGUGACAAAAAAUCAAGGUACAAUUGUUGCUAAACAAAAGUUACAGGAUAGUGGUGUUUUAACACGUGAGGAUUUUGAUGGUGGUCCUGUGAGUUUAGAUGAAAUUGAGUGUGGUUUAUAUCUGGGUAAUUUAACAGCUGCUACUAAUAUGGAAACUCUAAGAUCAUUUAAUAUUACUUAUAUACUCACUUUGGAUUCGGUGCCAUUGCCUAAACAUAUAACAGAAGCUUCCUUUUUAACUACCAAAUUUAUACACAUUUCUGACAUGCCUAAAGAAGAUAUUUUGCAUCAUCUAAACACUUGUGUAGACUUUAUUACAUCAGCUCUCAGCAAGGGUAAUAAAAUAUUGGUACACUGUUAUUUUGGUGUAAGUCGCAGUUCCACUGCUGUCAUCGCAUACAUUAUGAAACACCAUAAUAUGGAAUAUCAGGCAGCUUAUGAUUAUGUCAAAUCAAAGAGACGUUUUGUACAGCCAAAUAUAGGGUUUACGGCACAAUUGAAGCUGUGGAAGCGUAUGGGUUGUGACAUUGAUCCACAAUAUCAAAAAUAUAAAAUUUAUCGUUUGCGCUUGGCUGGGGAGCAAGUGAGAAAGGCUAAAAUUCUUCCACAAAAUUUUAAUAACCUCAUAAAACCCGAUCCUGCUAUAACACAAGAAAAUCCCGAACCCAUUGUUUAUCGUUGUCGUAAAUGUCGUCGGGUAUUGGCCACAAGAUCGCAUGUGCUCUUACAUACACCCAAAAAUCUAGUUCUUUCAAAAGCCACCAAUGGCAAUGCCAAUACUACUGCUACAGUACCGGCUACCGAACAAAGUACAUCAGGAACACCACGUCUUCUAGAACAAAUCGCCGCUCAAAUCCGCCAAGUCUCAAUAACAUCGCCAACCGAGGGACAGCAGUCACAAAUUGAUGGCGAUAAAAUGCCAUAUUGUCAGAAUAUAUUGUUUGUGGAGCCCAUAGCAUGGAUGCAGCAUAUUUCGAAUAAUACACAAGGACGUCUUAAUUGUCCAAAAUGUGAACAAAAAUUGGGUAAUUACAGUUGGAUUAAUGGUUGUCAGUGUCCCUGUGGCGAAGAAAUUUCUCCUGCAUUUUAUUUAAUACCUUCCAAAGUGGAACUUUCAAAAGCAGUACAAAAUGUACAAACUACAUUGUAGAUUAAAGAUAGAAUAUUAUUAAAAUUAAUGUUAUUCACUUCUAUGUUUUAGUUUCACUUAAAGUUAUUAGCCUUA